CUUUAUUUUUCCAGGAUUAUCAAACGUCAUCUAAUGAUGGACAAUGCAAAUAACACACACUUGUGAGCAUGUGUAAAUAGAAGCGGGAAAAUUCUGUUUUGACUCAUUCGAAUGUUUUUUGUUUUGUUGGUAUUCUGUUUUGUUUUUUCUUUCAAUCUUUCUUUGGUGACAAUCCAACAAAUGAUCAUGUCGAUAUGUUCCGGUAUCCGGUAAUAAAUAAUGCAAAGUAAUGAAUAUCUUUCGACACGUUAUUAUAAUUGAACUAGACGCCAUGUUUUGUGUGUGUGUGUGUGUGUAUUUAGUACCUAAUGAAGAAUAUAUAGCUGCAGCAACGACAAUGAAUAUCCUUUUCAUCUCGAAAACUUAUCAUCAUCAUUAUCAUCAUUGACGACAAGAAAAAACAAACCAACAACAACAACAACAACAAAUAACGACGACGACUACCAAAAAUACAACAAAAAAAAAAAAUUUACUUUACUUUUCACAACAACAACGAACCCGAAAAAUAUUCUAGCGGCCUAAAAUGAUGAGUGAACGACGCCAUGAACCAGAAUGAAUCCAACAAGCAGACCAACAACAAAAUAAAUGAAAAAAACGACUACUUUCAAAAAUGUAAUAAUCAUUGCCCAUCAUCUGAUUAACCAAUUUCAUAUCAACGAAAAUCAACAACCAAUCGAUCAACAUUUUUUUUUGUUUACAUCCAAAAAAUAACUCAUCUUAUCUGAUUGACUCUGUGUGUGUGUGUUUUUAUUUUCGACCUUUUUUAUGAUUUGAUCUCAUUUAUUCAUACAAAGUUUUGUCUAAUUUUGGACGAAUCGUCAUUCAUUUAUUCUACAUAUAAAUUCAUUUGGUUUAACGAAGAAAACAGCGCCCAUUACAACGAAAGAAAAAAAUGCCUCCACACGCUGGUACACCAUCGAAUAGCAACUCAUCAUUACCACUUUAUCAUUCGGUACUAUUAUCGAUUAGUGGUGAUUCAAAGAUCUCAUUACAACAUACCUCAGUGCAGCAAUUAUCUGCUAUUCCUGAAGAUCGUGAAUUAGUCGAUGUUGGUGGUGGUGGUAAUGAUCGACAACAACAGCAACAAGAUGAAAAUGAUGGAACUUUUACGCCACAAAUGAUUGUUGAUGAUGAAUUCGAUGAACCACAUGUACUUAUACAGGAUCCAGCACCGGAUGGUGGUUAUGGCUGGAUCAUUGUAUUGGCAUCAUUUUUCUGUAAUCUAAUUGUCGAUGGUAUUGCCUAUACGUUUGGCCUAUUUUUCGAAAUAUUUGUCUCUCAUUUUGGUGUAAGUAAAAGUAAAGUGGCCUUAUGUGGAUCCAUAUUGAAUGGAUUCUAUCUUAGUGUUGGACCCCUCGUAAGUUCAUUAGCUAACCGGUUUGGUUGUCGUGUGGUCACAAUUAUGGGUGCAAUAAUAUCAUUCAUUGCAUUUUCAUUAUCGACAAUUGCACCGAAUAUUGAAACAUUGUACAUAACAUAUGGCUUCCUUGGUGGUGUCGGUAUGGGUAUGAUAUUUUUACCAGCAAUCGUUUCUGUUGGUUAUUAUUUUACCUCAAAACGAGCAUUCGCUACUGGUAUUGCUGUAUGUGGUUCCGGUGUCGGUACCUUCCUGUUUGCACCAUUCUGUCAAUAUCUAUUGGGUGUAACUAGCUGGCAAAACACUUUGUUAAUAUUAGCAUUUAUGAUAUUAUCAUGUGCCGGUUUCGGUGGUCUAAUGCGUCCAUUAAAUGUACAUGCCAAAACUGUAUUAGGUGAAGGGGAACUUGAUGAUCAACAACAAAUGAUGGAAAAUUCUGAAAUGCGUAAACCAUUAUUACAGAGGAUUGCUGAAGAAAAACGUCGUCGUUUAUUAGCACAUUCGAAUUCACAAUUUCUACUAAUGAUGCAACAUGGUAGCCUAGAUCUUAAUGAUCUAACAUUUACCGAAUUGAAAAAUCGUUUAAACUCCAUGAAUAUGGAACCAGGUGUUCAUUCAACGCUAUAUCUAGAUCAAUUAUUUCAACCUCCGACUCCUACACCACAAACACCAACACCUUCAGCUGCCAAUCAAAAUACCGAUAAUAAUAAAGAUACCGUCACAAGCCAACAGCAACAGCAGCAAACAUGUCCAUCAACAACACAAUCACAAUCACAAUUAUGUAUAGAUCAAAAACAUCAGCUAUCACCUAUAAUUGAAUCGAAAAAAAUAUUUAGUGUCAAUUCUUCAGAAGAUAAUACAUCAUCGGAUGAGAAUAUAACGAUCAAAGAGAAUAAUGAUUCAGAACAACAGGAACAAGAUAAUAAUAAUAACGAUAAUGAUAAUGAACAUGAACAGAAAAAAAUGGCUGAUGCUGCCGGUGCCGUUGCAUCCGAUUACAGUAAUGAUUAUGAGGAUGAGGAUAUAAAAUCCGAAAUAAAUACACCUACAUCAGCGACACCAGAAUCUCCGCCAAUUUUACCUCAAUCACCCUUAUCGGAAAUCGGUAAUGGACGAUCAUCAUCGGCAUUGGUCACAAAUAAUUUUAUAAUACAACCACGAAGCCGUCGUUCAACUGUACGAACAGUUUCUGAAAGUGGCCAGGUUGUCGAUUCAUCUAACUAUCUACCAUCAUCAUCAUUGUUACCACAAAUGAAUAGUAUGGGUACUAGCGGUCAGUUGCCCAUUCAAGUAAUAUUAUCGUCGACACCGGCUGGAGCAACUUUAUCAUCUGAAGAAUCGAAAGAUAAACGAAACAUUACAAUUCAAGCUAUACCAGUUCGACCAUUAUCGAAAAAAGAUAUUUUCUAUUCUGGUUCCACAUUACAUGUACCAAGUUCUUUGCAACAUUUAGCCGAAUCUGGAGCCAACAUUGGUCAAUCGAUUGUUUCGAUUCCAGCUCGAGAUAUUAUUGCCAAGGUACAAAAACAAAUACAACAGCAAGAAACUGGCGGUGCCGACGACGAUGAUGAUGAUGGUGGUGGUGGUGGUUUGAAAAGGUCAUCAUAUCAAAAGCGAAAUGUAUGUGAUAAAAUAUUGAGAGUAUUAUGUUCAUUCAAAGAUAAUUGCUGUCAAAAUAAUCAACAUCAACAAUUGAGCAAUGGUAACAAUAAUAUUGAUGAUCAAAAUGAAUCAGGUGAUUGUUGUUCGGAAAUGAAUUCCUCCAUUAAACAACAACGACAAUUUCAGCAGCAACAACAGCAACAACCAAAUGAUGAAAAACGUGGCUACUGGAACCAUUUCCUAAGCAAACUUCCGCCAUCGAUGAGAUCAAUCCUUAGUGAAAUGCUAGAUUUUUCAUUAAUCCGGGAUAGUAAUGCAUUCAUCAUACUGGCUAUUUCAAACAUUUUCGGUAUGAUGGGUUUCUACGUACCAUUUGUUUACAUUACUCAAUUUGCUACCAGUUCGGUCAUGGCCGGUGAUAAAUUAGUGACUCCAGACCAAGCUGCUCUAUUAAUCUCAAUCAUUGGCAUCACCAAUACAUUUGGUCGUCUAUUAUUUGGUUAUCUAUCCGAUCGUAUUACCAAAAAUGGAUCCAUAUGUGGAUUAAAAAUCACUGCUUUAGGUUUAAAUAAUAUAUGUGUUAUAUUGUCCGGUUUGGCUGUCAUUGCGGCCCCAUUCUGUACGACCUAUGUGGCUGUUAUUGUUGAUUGUGUUCUAUUCGGCCUUUUUAUUUCUGCAUAUGUAUGUUUAACUUCGGUUAUUCUUGUCGAUAUGCUUGGUUUGGAAAAAUUGACCAAUGCAUUUGGUCUAUUAUGUUUGUUUCGUGGUGCUGCUUCAUUAGUUGGACCGCCAUUAGCUGGCGCUCUAUUCGAUAUGACACAAUCAUAUCAUAUAACAUUUGCAGCAUCAGGCAUAUUACUCAUCAUAUCUUCCAUAAUGGCAUUUUUCAUUAAAUCAACUGGUGAUCGUACAGUCGAACAAGAACAGGAUAAUGAAUGUGAUGUUUAAAGCUUGUAUUGUAAUUCAUAAGAAAAAUUCAUAUUUUUUUUAAUUGACACGAAAUAAAAAAAUGAUCAUUUAUAAAUU